AUGGAAGCUUCUGCUUACUUAGAAAAACAGAAUCCCCAGGAGGUGGAGAUCACAAUCUCCCAUGCACCACCAUACCAUAAACCUGUUAACCCUACAAGUUCUAGUAGUGGUGAAGUCGAUGGUGUGUCUUUGACAUGGAAAGACUUGUGGCUUACAGUUCCUGAUGGAAAAGGCAAAACCCGACCCGUACUUGAGGGGGUUACAGGUUACGCUAGACCUGGGGAGAUCCUAGCUAUUAUGGGUCCUUCAGGUUCUGGAAAAUCCACACUCCUUGACGCCUUAGCUGGGAGACUAAACUCCAAUACAAGGCAAAGUGGUGAUAUUCUAGUUAAUGGAUUCAAGAAAACUCUAGCAUAUGGAACAUCGGCUUAUGUGACUCAAGAUGAGACGCUCAUCACAACACUUACUGUCAGAGAAAGCGUCUACUAUUCUGCCCUGCUCCAGCUACCAGACUCCAUGUCAAAGGCUGAGAAGAAAGAGAGAGCUGAAAUGACUAUAAGAGAAAUGGGCCUUCAAGAUUCCAUGGACACGAGGAUCGGAGGGUGGGGAGCGAAAGGCUUGAGUGGAGGCCAAAAGAGACGAGUUAGCAUUUGCAUCGAGAUCCUAACUCGUCCAAAGCUUCUGUUCCUUGACGAACCAACAAGUGGCCUAGACAGUGCCGCCUCAUACUACGUGAUGAGCAGAAUCGCAAGGCUUGAUGAACACCAAGGAAGGACUAUCAUCGCAUCCAUUCACCAGCCUUGCAGCGAAGUGUUCGACCUUUUCCAUAAUCUUUGCCUACUUUCUUCUGGAAGAACAGUUUAUUUUGGGGACACUAGCUCUGCAAAGGAAUUUUUUGCUUUUAAUGGCUUCCCUUGCCCCAGUUUCCAGAAUCCUUCCGAUCACUUUCUUAGAUCAAUAAACAAGGAUUUUGAUGAGGAUAUCGAGCAAGGUUCAUGUGGAAGGAAAUCUAGCGAGGAAGUGAUUAAAACCUUAAUAGAUUCAUAUAGGUCAUCUACUACAUACCAAGAUGUUAACAACACAGUUACUGAAAUCUACAAGAAGGGACUUGAAGUAAAUGAUAAGAAGAAAAACGACCAUGCUAGUUUCUCAACUCAAUGUCUUGUACUAACGAGGCGUUCUCUCGUCAACAUGCAUCGUGAUCUUGGCUACUACUGGCUGCGCCUAGGUAUCUAUAUAGCAAUAUGCUUGGGACUUGGAACAAUCUUCUUUGAUCUCGGCUCAAGUUACAGCUCAAUUCAGGCUAGAAGCUCGAUGCUGAUGUUUGUGGCAACCUUCUUAACAUUCAUGGCCAUCGGUGGAUUUCCAUCGUUUGUGGAGGACAUGAAGGUAUUCGAAAGUGAAAGAUUAAACGGGCACUACACAACCGGUGCUUUCGUUAUAGCUAACACCCUAUCUUCAAUGCCGUACCUGGUAUUAGUAUCCUUGAUUCCGGGGGUAUUAGCAUAUUACUUAGCAGGACUGCGUGAAGGAUUUGAUCACUUUGCAUACUUCGCAUCCACACUCUUUUCUUGUAUGUUGCUAGUUGAGAGCCUAAUGAUGAUCGUGGCGAGUCUGGUACCCAAUUACUUAAUGGGAAUCAUAGCAGGUGCAGGGAUUCAGGGUUUAAUGAUUUUAGGUGGCGGAUUCUUUCGUUUGCCUAAUGAUUUACCACACCCUUUCUGGAAGUAUCCUUUGUACUACGUUGCAUUUCACAAGUAUGCAUAUCAAGGUUUGUUCAAGAAUGAGUUUCAAGGAGAAGAGUUUAUGUAUUACGAAGGGGGAGUACGAAAAGUGGUGGAUGGAGAAUAUAUAUUAAGAGAGAAAUGGCAGGUUGAAAUGGGUUACUCAAAGUGGAUUGAUUUGGUGAUCAUAUUAGGAAUGGUGGUGAUUUCUAGAGCUUUAUUCUGGGUUAUAAUCAAGAUUGUGGAGAAGGUUAAGCCUGGGUUUAAGGGUCUAAUUUUUGCUGUUCCCAAGAAGCACAGUAAGCAAGUUUUGGUAAACCCUCUUGCGACUCCUUCGCAUUAA